GGGCACGACGACGACGAUGAUUUUGGCGCGCGCCCUCCGCACAGGGAUGUUCUGCCUCCUUCGGUCCGUUGGCCUGACGACGGUUGUACGGUAUACGUGAGUACGAGGUCGGGGGGAACCGUCGUAACCGAGAGUAGACUUGGUUGCAAGGUUUCGCGACAUAACUUCGGCUCGGCGUGCAGUGUGCGGCCAAUAUCGAGAAAACGCGAGCUAUUUGACCGAUACGGAUCGUCAACACGCACUCUGGCCGUCGAAAUCACAACUACGACUCGGCAUGAAUUACGCGAAUGACAAAAAUUAAUAAUAUUAACAUAAAUAUAUUUAAUAAUAUAAUAUGAUAAUGUAUAACGGUAGGUGGUCGCCGCGGGGACAUACGUUACUGUGACGAAUGAUGACUGAAGACGUAUGGUCCGUCGUAAGUCGUCGUCUACGACCCUGCCGGUUAACGGUAAUAGUGGGUGGUCACUUUACACGUAUGGGUCGUUGGACGUGGGAUAUUCGAAAAUCGAGAUAACCCGUAACAGUUUUCAGCGAGCUCGAGUUGAAUUUUUUCUGAUAACAAAACAAUAAUAUUUACCUUUCACUCGUUCGCGUACGAAUUACGGUCGUGGUUUCGCGCACUAUAGAUUUCUAGCAGACCUUCGAGUCUGAUCAUUCCGCGUUUGUGCUUCAAUGUCCACUGAAUGAUAGUGUUUCGUAACUCUAGUUUGGCGCUAAAUGACGUUUUGAGCCACUGCGAUAAUUUAAUGCCGGGCAUCAGUCAGGCGGAUUUUGUUGGCCAACAGCAACAACAACAACAACAACAGCAGCAGCAGCAACAGCAACAACAGCAGCAACACCAUCACCAUGUCGUCAAUCCAACGUUGGCACACAACUAUGCGGCACCACAACCUAUGAAAUCAUUAGACCAGGUCAAAGUAGUCUAUUCCAAUUCGGCAAACAGUCGAAAUUACGUGCCUGUCAACUCGCUGCCAAACGGCACGAUUAAUUCUACCAGUACAGGUACUGGAACUGCUGUUGUAAUUAAGUCAACCCCUCAACAGCUUCACCAUAAUUCACCUCCAGUUUCUACAAUGACUUUACCUGGACAAGUAUCGUCCAAUCAAUCCUCUGUUUCAUCCAAUGUUAUUACGGUUUCCAAGCAAAUGGCACAAGGCGUAGUUACUGGUAACUCUCCUCAAACAAUUUUGCCAGCAAAUGUACAAAUAUUAAAUGUAAAUGCAUUGCGGCCACAAAAUUCUCAAGGCGGAGUUAAUAAAAAUAUGUCAAGAGUUAUGAUACCUCAAGUAGUUGGGGCCCGUCCUGGUGCACCUGGGCUUACUUUACAAACACUCCAACAAGCACAAGGUGGACAUAUAUUAUUAAAGACUGAAAAUGGCCAGUAUCAGUUAUUACGAGUUGGCCCAGCACCUAGUCAAGGAAAUGCUAUUACUCAAAAUAAUGCAAAUUUUAGAGUUCAACCUGUUCCUUCAGUUGCAACUAACAAUGUUUCCAUUGCUGGUACACCAACUACAACACCAACUCAAACGAUAGCUCAACCUCAACAGGCGCAUCAAAAAAUUCAACAAGAUAAUACUAAAGAAAAAUGUCGCAAAUUUUUAGCCAAUUUACUUGAAUUGUCUAGUAAAGAACCUAAACCUGUAGAAAGAAGUGUGCGAACACUUAUACAAGAACUGGUUGAUGCCAAGGUAGAGCCUGAACAGUUUUGUGAUCGACUUGAGAAACUUCUAAAUGCUUCACCACAACCGUGCCUUAUUGGUUUCCUCAAGAAAAGCUUACCACUUUUGAGGCAAUCACUUAUGUUAAAAGAAAUGGUGAUUGAUGGAAUUCGACCACCACAACUUAGUGCUCAACCUACUGUUGUUUUAGCUAAUCAGCAGCAAGCAGCGAAUACACAAGUAAUGGGAAAUAUCUUAAGUAAUGCAGCAUCUAAUCAGCAAACGGUUAGAAUAAUGACUUCCCAACCAGCCUUAACACCAGCAAGGACAAUUAAUUCUCAACAACAACAUAGAAUUGUUUCUCAACAAGUCAGGGUACAAACUCCAACAGGUCUUACAGCUGUUAAUAAAAUGGGUUCAAUUCGUAUUCAACCUCCAGUAGUAUCUUCUCAAUCUGCUACACUUCCUCCACCACUUACAUCAACAUCAUCCCCAAGACCACCAGUGGGUAGUGGUCGACCGAUGCUUGUUAAAGCAGUACCUCUUAAAACACCAGCUGGAUCACAUAUAAAGAUUAGUACUCCUAUUGUAUCGACGCCACUACAAACUAAUAGUAUAACAAUGCCUCAACCUCGGAUACCACCAUCCCCAAAUAUAAUAGCACAACCAACAAUGAUCAGCAAACCUCCAACACCAAUUACUGUUGCUCCGCCGACAGUUGCGUUGUCUAAACCUCCAUCCAAGGAAAAAGAAAAGAAAUCUUUUUCAUCAUCAGCAGCAUAUGUUGGCGAUGAUGAUAUUAAUGAUGUUGCUGCUAUGGGUGGUGUCAACUUAGCAGAAGAAACCCAAAGAAUUUUAGGUUCCACUGAUUUCGUUGGAACACAAAUUAGAUCAUGUAAAGAUGAAAUACUAUUACCACAAAAUCCAUUAGUAGCAAAAAUUAAACAAAUUGUAAAUAGAGAAGGUUUAGAAGAUGCUGCAGCAGAUGUGCCAGCUUUAGUAUCACAUGCAGUUGCUGAACGUUUAAAAGAUCUUUUAGAAAAAUGUGCUGUUGUAGCAGAACAUCGUUUAGAUUUUAAUAAAGCGGAUAAACGGUAUGAAAUUACUAGAAAUAUUCGCGGUCAAAUCAAAUGCCUUGAAGAAAUUGACAAGGUUGAACGUAAAAAGCAAGAUGAAAUGGAGCGAGAGCUUUUAUUACGGGCAGCUAAAAGUAGAUCUAAAAACGAAGAUCCAGAACAAGCCAAAUUAAAAGCUAAAGCCAAAGAGAUGCAAAGGGUAGAAAUGGAAGAACUACGACAGCGAGAAGCUAAUUUAACUGCCUUAAAUGCAAUUGGACCUAGGAAAAAACCAAAAUUAGAACCAGGAAUUAGUCCUAGUUUACAGAACCAAAAUUCUAGUAUUAGUACCAAUUUAACAAAUAGACAAACAAUACCUAGACAAAGGAUAAAACGUGUUACCAUGCGUGAUACGCUAUUUGUACUUGAACAAGAAAAAGAUAUUCGUAGGAAAGCAAAUUUCAUGUUCAAACCAUUCUUGAAGUGAUAUUUACCAUCAUAUUGUCAUUUUAGCCGUUCCUUAUUGCGGCUGAUGGCUAGUCAUGUUGACUAUGUUUUCUGCCGCAUUUUCGAACUAAUUUAAAUUGUUGUUAAAAACCAUUUCAAGCAUAUUUUAGAUUAAUUGUGUCUACAAAAUUGUUAAUUUUUGUUAUAUUGUUUUUUUUCAAUCACUGUUAAUUUUUUACUUUUUCUUGUUAACAUAAAACAAGAAAAGAGGUUAUAGACCGUGUUCAUGUUAGUUAUAAAUUAAAUGCAGUGAAAAAAAAACUUAUGCGAUGUAUCAAAUAUUGAUAUUAACAUUAAUAUCACUCAUUAAGCCUAUGUUAAAAAUAAUGUAUUUUUUUAUUGUAAAUAACACUAAUGUAUUGUAUGUAUGUUAAAAAAAGAAUAUUUUGUUAAUGUAAAAAAAAGGGAGUUACUCAAUUCUUAUUCUGUAAGUUAUAAUCCGAUAUAAGUGAGCACUCAUUAUAUUAUUUUGUAUAAUGUAUAUAUUUUUUUAUUAUAAUUAAUAAAAUUAAUAGGGUUCAGUGAUUUUCACACGCAAAAAAAACUGUUAACUCACUUUUAAAUCAUAUCUAUUUUUAUUGUUCGAAGUAUGAUAUCAUAGUGUACAAGUAUAUUUUUAAGAAUACUUAUUGACGACUUGAUGAUAACAUACCAAGUAUUUUACUGAAUAAUGUUGAAGUGUGAAAGUUAUUUGUUCCAACUACAAAAGAUAAUAA